GCGCAUGCGUUUAAACAUGUUUUCAUUUGCGACAAGAUGGCGCAUGCAUUCAGGUUCCUACGACGAUGAACAUGAGUACUGUUUACACAGUGUUUUCCUGUCUGCAAGCCAAGAUUAUUCUAAUAAGUUUCUAAAUCUUUCCCAUAUCUAAUUACAAGCACAAGGGGAGUAGUCAAUUGUGUCAACAGAUUCAAUUAAAAUGUCUGCUGACGAAGACACAGAGCUUCGAGAUCUUGUCGCUCAAACUCUUGAAACUAACGGAACUUUAGGAAAGAUACGGGCCCAACUGCGAGCCAGCGUGUUCCUAGCUCUCGAGGAUCAAGAAAAUGGCCAGAGCAAAACUCCCUUCUUAAACAAAGGGCUGCGAAGCUUUUUAUCCACAAAGGAAGGUCAGCUCACAGCCAGUCUUGUACAGGAAUUCCUAGAAUUUUUUAACCUGGAGUUCACCCUGGCUGUGUUCAAACCUGAGAUUGGCUUGAAUGAGCAAAUGAAAAGAACUGAGCUGAUAAAAGAUUUGAACUUGAAUAAUACGACUGCACCCCCAAACGCACCACUUAUUACCUGCUUGCUGAAGAAUGACGGGCAAACAAAUCAGCACAGAUCGUCUGUUGGAGCCGGAGAUCAUAGCCAUAUAUCAGGGAGUGAAUCUCACAGGGACCUUUCUGAAAAACAGAUCUCAGAUGCAAGGGAAAAGUUUAAUUUCUAUGAUAAGGAUCACAGUGGUGCCAUUGACAAGGAUGAAUUACGAGAACUUUUUCUCGACAUGUUUCCGAACUUUCAUCAGAACAUGCUAGAGCGUUACGUUAAUGAUGAAUUCAAAGCUACAGACAAAAAUUUCAGCAGCUCAAUGUAUUCACUGACACCUAAAGCGAUUGAUUUUGAUGAAUUCCUGGGCAUGUACAAGCGCCUGUUCCUACUGUGCCGAACUGUGGUGUCUGGGGAUGUGGCAGACAUUGUUUCCCCCUCGCAUAAACCUGGCACAAAGUCUCAGCAACAGCUGCCAUCUCAGAGCAGCCAAGUCCAAGGCAAGGUCAACCCCCCAGCCUCUUCCAACAGCGACGCGAACAAUGCAGCAAGGAAAGCGGAUGAGAAUCUCGGUGCUGAUCGACUGGGGAGCGACAUUGAGGAAGAUCCGUUCUUUGAUGACAUCCCCACCUCAUCUGUACAGUUUAGCACCCUCUCCAAUUAUAUCACAGCUCCGUCAAGACGAUCAUUCUUAAGUGAAUUAGAAAAGAACAAGGAAAUGCAGGCAGAACCCAAAGAGAACGGAGAUAGCAAGCAAGCCAAAGACAAACCAGCUGGAAGUGGAAUGAGUUCUCUGGAUGGCCUCCCCUCCCUCAGUCCCGGUCGUGGCUCGGGAAUGGGUUCGUUAGCCGGUGCCCCUCCGCUGGGUCGACCGAAAUCUCCGGUUGAUGAUCCUAAUGAUUCGGAUGUAGAUAAAAAUUUGAGAGAAAUUGACAAGCGCAUGAAAGACUUUGGUCUAGAUUCUCAAAAUGAUGACUUCGAGUAUGAAGACGAUUUCAGUCCAGAGCACAGCUUGAGCCAGAAAACUCCAGGGAACUCCAAGUCUGCCGCCAAACCAGAGAACGGCAGCGUAGCAGAGGAGAUUGACGAUGAGGAGAUUGAUGAGGACAUCUCAAUAGAGGCUGAUGAUUUACUCAACAGCGAAAAGAGCGGGUUUGAUGACCUGACCACAGACCGCAGUAUUUCUCAAGCUGACGGAGGAUUCGACUACAUGGAAGACCCCACCUUUUGAAGGAAUGAUCAAGUGGAAAGACAACUGAUCAACUGCUGAAUGUAGUUCUUUAUCCAUGGUUGAACUGCUUUGUGUUGAUAGAAAGGGGUG